AUGGAGUAUUGUGAUCGAGGAUCGCUGAAAACAUUGAUCCUUAAUCCGACCAUCAUUUCCACCAUUCGCUCAGUCAUCUCGUGGAGCCAACAACUCUUUGGAGCACUCGAUUACAUGUACCAAACUUUCAAUAUCAUCCAUCGUGAUAUCAAACCUACCAAUAUCUUCGUCACAAAUGAUUUCACUUUGAAAGUCGGCGAUUUCGGAUUGGCAAAGGUGGCGGUUGAGACGAUGAGCGGGACUUUUAUUGGAAGCUAUCGAUAUAUGAGUCCGACAAGACCUGACUACGAUGCUCGGGCAUCUCAUCUUCAUGAUAUUUAUGCUAUGGGCCUUGUCGUUUGGGAGCUGAUAGAAAGAAGGGCUGUAUGGUCAGAGUACGAAGCUGAUGGCGAAUUUCGUUAUCAUUUCUUUCUCUACAGCUUUUUCGAAGUUGCUUGGCCUAAUGGAACGUUGCUUGCCACUGAUUCAACUGGAGAGUACAUUCUUGACGACGGCACUGAUUAUCAGAGGAUCAGAGAAAACCUCCUCCCUUCAUUGCAAGACGCCGUCCUCCGCUUCGACAUUUGGCAAUGUGGCCAAGGAUGGAGCCAUUUCAAUGGUUCUUGUUAUCAGCCCUCUUAUUUCCAAAAGCAUCCAUUUCAACAAGAAGCCACAUUUGAUGAAGCUGAGCGCGUGUGCAGAAAUCUAGCUCCAGGAGCCAAUUUGAUCUCGAUUCACAGCAAAGAAGAACAGGGAUUUGUUCACGAGCUUGUUGUUGAAAAUAAUCAUGACUGCUGGAUUGGAUUGAGGCAUCUCGAAAACAAAUGGAUUUGGAAUGACGGAACGAAGGUAGAUUACACAAAUUGGGAUGCCGCAAAUGGAGAACCGUCGAAUGUGAACAUAGAGAAAUGGGUUUACAUGAGACCAAAUGGUGGAAAAUGGAAUAACGUGAAAAAAGACUAUAAAGCUCUCAUUGGAUGCAAGAAACCCGUUGGCAAAUUGUCUCAAAUCGCU